CUUCCCUCUUCUGUCCACUCUUUAUAUUCACCUCUCCUUCUGAAAGCACUCCAUCUCUCACACUCAGACCACCUCUUUCCCUUCUUUCCUUGCUUUAUCUUCUCGGUGAGGUAUCUUUGAAAGCAGAGAUGGAGAGGGAGAGAAACAUUCAACAGACUUCUCUGCUCAUGUGGACUUUGGUUGCUGCUUUGCUGUCUCAGAACUUGCUCAUUCCUGUCAAGUCUAUCAUUAGUGCUGAUGAUCAAAAGAACUAUUACUCUCCAGACCCACAUACAGGAACCCCUCCAUCCCGUUCACAUGGAAGUCCACCACAUGGCGGUGGAGGUAGCUAUGGAAGCACAUCACCCUCUCACGGAACCCCAUCACAUGGAGGCGGUAGCUAUGGAAGCACACCACCCUCUCAUGGAGGCGGAGGUAGCUAUGGAGGUACACCACCUUCGAACUGUGGAAACCCACCAAGCGGAGGACAUUAUGAUCCUACGCCAGCCCCUCCAACAAGCGGUGGUGGUGGUUACUACAAUUCCCCUCCAACUUAUGGCGGAGAUACCCCACCAACACCCAUCAUUGAAACUCCGCCGACACCCAUCAUUGAAACUCCGCCAACACCCAUCAUUGAAACUCCACCAACCACCCCAAUCAUUGAUCCUGGCACCCCCACAAUACCCUCACCACCAUUUGUCUAUGAUCCAAAUUCACCACCUUUUACAUGCAAUUAUUGGAGGACUCACCCAGGACUCAUAUGGAGCGUGUUGGGAUUUUGGGGGACCGUGGGCGGAGCGUUUGGUACAGCUAGUGUUCCGGGGUUUGGAUCAAAUCUUAGCUUGAAACAAGCACUUUUGAAUGCUCGUACCGAUGGGUUCGGGGCGCUCUACCGAGAAGGGACGGCUUCGUUGUUGAACUCCAUGGUGGAUACGAAGUUCCCUUUAACGACCAAGCAAGUCAGAGACAAUUUCAUGGCGGCAAUUGGCUCAAACAAGGCUGCAGCGACUCAAGCCCGUCUCUUCAAGCUUGCAAAUGAGGGUAGACUCAAGCCAAGAACUUAAAAGUUCAAACUAUUAUUCAAUCAGUCAGUCAGUCACUUCUCAGUGUCUAUCUAGCUAUUUUCAAUCUGAUAUUUUGUUAUAUGCAUUUUCUUAGGUCAUCGUUUGCGGGGUCACUUUUAGGAUGGGAUUUUAUGCUUGUUUCUUUCUUAGUUACCUAUGAUGUUACAUUUUAUUACGACGGAUACCAACUUUAUGUUUUGAUUUUCAGUUAUAAAUAAGAUUAGUGGUUUGGUUUGUGCUA